UACAACCACCAAGACACAAUAGAACAAACACAAAAAUUUUGGUGAAUGCAAACAAGCUUUUUUCUAUAUUAUAUAUAAUAUCAUAUAUAUCUCAAAAGAAUAAUUAAGGAGAAAAUCAAAUUUGGUAAUUUGCAAUGGCUCUUGCUGCAGGCAAUUUCAUCCACAUGCCAAAGCUACCAAUGUCCAACUAUACGUCUAAAAAAUUCAUGACAAUCACCAUAAAAUGUGAAGAUGAAAAAAACACAACAAAAGUUGUUACAAAGAAAAACAACACAAGAGCUGCUCGAAAAAGAAAACCAGGUGGAGGUGGAGGUGGAUUGGGGAUGGACCCAAAAACAAAUAAUACUAAUAGAAAACUUCCACCAGAAAAUAAUGAUAAUCAAAUUGACAACAACACUUUUUCCAUCAUUAUUAAUGGUAAUCAAUGGGUGGUUAUUUUUCUAUUUUUUAUCCUAUUUGUGGGUUUAAAGCUCAUUAAUAUUUAGGAGUCAUUUUUCUUUUCUAUUGCAAUUGGAUGUUAAUUCAUCAAUUGUUGUUGGAUACAUAGCACUUCUAGUUGUGCCGAUUUUGGUUUUUUUCUUUUUCUUUCUUCAUUUUAAUGGACCUCACAAAUUAUUUAACCACGAAAUUUUACAUUUGUUGCAUUAUGCGAGGAUAAUAAUUAGUCUCAAAUAUAAAUAAUUUGUUGCUACUUGCUUAGUCAUAAUGGUUGUAAAGUUAACUUUGAAGCACCAAUUUCUAUUACUUA